AGCUGUCAUUUUGCUGUCAUCCUGAGUUACUGUUGGAUAUUUUAAUAAUUGAUUUCCAUAUAGAAAAUGUUUCAUAAAGUUUUAAUUGAUGAUAUUUGGAAAAAACUUAGAUUGUGCCAUCCCUCACAUCUUCUCCUAGCCAUCACUUUCCCAUCUCCUUUCAUUUCUGCCAUUCCAAUAGUUGUGUUCUGUGAGCACCUCCAUGGUUUGGGAACUCCUUGUGCAGGAGAUAUUCCUGCCAGUGUGAGAAGUGUGGGACACUUCUGGCUGUGGUCUCUGGGAUUUGGGAGCAGGGACAGGUGCUGUCAUACUGCCUCUGUCACUUUACUACACAUGACCUUGGUUCAAAUUACCUUGCUGGCUGACUACCUAGAAAGGAUAUUGCCUUCCUGUUUAUACAGUACUUUGAACACGAACAGAGCUACAAACACUGAAUCAUUGUAGGAAAAUGUGAAUGCUGGGUUUGCCUAAUGGCAGUGCUAACCCAGUGCUAUAACCUCAGAGUGUUUUGCACCCACUGGCUUGCACAGGGCGUGCUCUUCCAGUGAGCAUUCCCACCAGCUCACAGAGCUUUCCUCUGUGUCCCUGUAUUUGUCAAGAUGAGACAUAACUGAACCUGCUUUGCCUAUAUGCCAAAGAAAUAAUGGAAUUUUUAAAAAUUGUGAGAGAGGUGCACGAUCUGCUAUACUUUCUGUUUGUGUAGAUUUUACUAAUUUUAAAUAUUAUUCAUGUGCCUGAGGAGAGAAAGGGCAUGGGAGAAGAAUGGGAAUAUACAGCAGCAGCUGAAGUUUUGAGUUUCUACACCAAGUAGGAGGAACUGAGCAUUGUGCUGGGAGCCUGCAUGCAGGCAACAACCCUGCAAAGAUGUAACCACAUACUCAAGUUCAGUAGACGUGUUCACAGCCUUUACACAGUGUAUAAAAUUAAUAAUAUUUAAAUAUUGUCAGAAUGAGUGUUUUAGGAGCAUGGAAAAGAGUGACUGAUUAGGUUUGCUCUGUGUGAAGUAUUUUCUCCAAUUUUAAUAGAUUAUAUUCUUCAUGAAAAAGACCUGUGUUCUUGUCCUUAUUACUCUUUGAAAGAUGUCUUUAAAAACUUACAGCAGCAUGAACAUAAUCCUGUUAACAGGAAGUACAUAUUUAUUUGGUAGCUUGUAUUAAAUCUUAUUUUCUCAAAUUUCUUACCAGUUGCCAGAGCUAAUUUACAGGGGGAGAGAUAUAUUAUAAGGAUAUAUUUUGGUCAUGGGAUCUCCUUCUUUUAAUGCUGACCAAAUGUCCUGUGCCUCUCUUUACAGCUUCCAGCUACAGUUUUAUUCUGAGCAUUAGUGAAGAGGAAGCCAGGGUGAAGGCUCUGAACGAGUACCUGAGCACUCGUAGUUAUAUCCAGGGGUUCACAUUUUCACAUGCAGAUGUGGAGGUGUUCAGAAAGUUUUCGGGGCCACCUGUGGACCAGUAUAUCCAUGUUGUCCGGUGGUACAGACACAUAGAAGCAAUCUAUGAUGGCAGCAGUGAAAAAAAUGAGCCUUGUAAACUUCAAACAAACCAGCAGUUAAAAUCAGACUGCUGUAAAGGCAAACGUGUGCAGCCUCCUUGGUCUCCUCCUGAAGGGACAAAACAUUCCAGGCUCUGCCUAUACAACAGCCUGACUCGCAGUAAGGAAGUAUUUCAGCCUCAGAACGGAAAGAAGGUCUUGUGGUAUUGCUGUGGUCCAACAGUUUAUGAUGCUUCUCACAUGGGACACGCCAGGUCCUACAUCUCAUUUGAUAUCCUGAGAAGAAUCUUGAGGGAUUAUUUUAAAUAUGAUGUUUUCUAUUGUAUGAAUAUUACAGACAUUGAUGAUAAGAUCAUCAAGAGAGCAAGACAAAAUUACCUUUUUGAACGAUAUAGAGAGAACAAAUCAACACCAGAUCAGCUGCUUGAAGAUGUUAGAACUGCCUCAGAGCCCUUUUCAGUUAAACUAAAUGAAACAACAGACCCAGAUAAAAAGCAGAUGUUGGAGAGAAUUCAAAAUGCAGUGAAGUCUGCUUUUGACCCUCUACAAGAAGCUGUCCAAGCAAAGCUCCCUGCUGAAGAGAUCAAUAGAUGUUAUGAGAUACUAUUGGAAGAAGCCAAAGAUUUGCUGUCUGACUGGUUGGACACAAAACUUGGCAGUCAGGUGACUGAUAAUUCCAUAUUCUCAAAGCUCCCCAAAUUCUGGGAAGCAGAAUUUCAUAAAGAUAUGGAAGCACUCAACGUUUUACCUCCAGAUGUUUUAACACGGGUUAGUGAAUAUGUGCCAGAAAUUGUGGAUUUUGUGAAGAAGAUUGUGGAUAAUGGUUAUGGGUAUGUGUCCAAUGGAUCCGUAUACUUUGAUACUAUGAAGUUCGAUGCCAGUGAAAAACACUCCUAUGCUAAGUUGGUGCCUGAAGCUGUAGGUGACCAGAAAGCUCUUCAAGAGGGUGAAGGUGACCUGAGCAUCUCAGCUGAUCGCUUAAGUGAGAAGCAUUCUCCAAAUGAUUUUGCUUUAUGGAAGUCCUCCAAGCCAGGAGAGCCCUCGUGGGACUCUCCAUGGGGAAAGGGUCGUCCAGGCUGGCACAUUGAAUGUUCUGCGAUGGGUGGAUCCGUUCUAGGAGAGUCGAUGGACAUUCAUGGAGGAGGCUUUGAUCUCAGAUUUCCUCACCAUGACAAUGAACUGGCACAGUCUGAGGCAUACUUCGAAAAUGAUCACUGGGUUCGGUAUUUUCUGCAUACUGGUCACUUAACAAUUGCUGGCUGUAAAAUGUCCAAAUCUUUGAAGAAUUUCAUUACCAUAAAAGAUGCUCUGAAGAAACACACAGCACGACAGUUACGGCUGGCUUUCCUCAUGCACUCGUGGAAGGAUACACUGGAUUAUUCGAAUAAUACUAUGGAGUCAGCUAUUCAGUAUGAGAAGUUUAUGAAUGAAUUCUUUUUGAAUGUGAAGGAUAUUCUUCGAACUCCCACUGAUGUGACAGGCCAGUUUCAGAAAUGGGAAAAUCAAGAAGCAGAGAUGAACAAAAUUUUUUACGAGAAGAAAGCAGCAAUUCAUGAAGCACUGUGUGACAAUAUUGACACCCGCUCUGUCUUAGAAGAAAUGCGCUCGUUAGUCAGCCAGAGUAACUCCUAUAUUGCUGCAAAGAAAUCUUCCAGGCAGAUGCCUAACAGACUUCUUCUAGGAAACAUCAGCUCGUAUCUCACUCAAAUGCUGAAGAUUUUUGGUGCCAUAGAAAGUGAUGAUGCAAUUGGUUUUCCUAUUGGAGGGACUAGUCAAAACGUAAAUAUUGAAUCUACAGUGAUGCCAUACCUCCAAGUUCUUUCUGAGUUCAGAGAAGGAGUGCGACAAAUCGCCAGAGAGAAGAAAGUAACUGAAGUGCUGCAGUUGAGUGAUGCUCUCCGGGAUGACAUCCUGCCUGAGCUUGGAGUUCGAUUUGAAGAUCAUGAAGGACUUCCAACUGUGGUUAAAUUAGUGGAUAAGGACACAUUAUUGAAAGAAAGAGAAGAAAAGAAAAAGAUAGAAGAAGAGAAAAAAAGGAAGAAAGAAGAAGCAGCCAGGAAAAAACAACAGCAGGAAGCAGCAAAACUAGAAAAAAUGAAGAUUCCACCACAUGAAAUGUUUAAAUUGGAACUUGACAAAUAUUCUAUGUUUGAUGAAAAUGGAUUUCCCACCCAUGAUACAGAAGGCAAAGAACUUAGCAAAGGACAAAUUAAGAAGCUAAAGAAACUUUAUGAAACCCAAGAAAAGCUACACAAGGAGUAUCUACAAAUGGUUCAGAAUGGAAGUGCAAAUUGAAAACAACAGGACUUUUUAUUUAGAAGGCGAGUGCUGGGUUCCCAUUGAAGAAGUGAGCAUAUACUGAUGCUCAAAUUUCUGUUUACACUUUCUAUUAUGUGCAAAGUAAAAUUCCUGUUUACGUGGGUUAGUAAUGUCAUCUGGAAAUGUAAUAAAAAUCCAUCAUGAAAAAAAAAGCCAACCUGUAAGAAGUUUCUUCUCAGCCGUAGCAAUAGUGGUUGCCAGUUCUAUUUAUGAAGGUGCUGCUCAGUCAGCAAAUCCACAUGAGGAUUCUUGUUCAUUCUAGCUGUCCAGGCUUUGUUAAUUUUUUCUGCAUCCUGAUCUCUAUCUAAGACUCAAUGUUACAGUCAGAAAAAUUUAUUGCUUAAUGGGAGCUGAGUAAUUUGCCCUACAGUAAGAACAGUAUUUUCCAGAUGACUUUAGUAUCUUUACAUAAGCAGGAAAAGUGGGUAUUUCCACUAUGACACUUAUUUUAACUGCUGUUAUUAAAAACUCUCAUAAGUAUACUCAGAACACUUUGCAUAGUAGAAGUUCACAGUCCCUUUGUUGAAAAAGGGAACAGAUCAUCAACCUGCAGUUGCAGUCAAGUGGGUAAGUACAAGGCAAAUGCACCUGCAUUGAACAAACAGGUAGGAAAGACAUGAAGGUCUGAUGGCAGAGGUGGUGUGUUUUUGGAGCUGUCCCUUCCAGGAAACAGGAGCCCUGCCAAAGUACCUGAUUACCCAAAGUACUCAGUACCUAAUUACCAGUUUAGAGCCAUGGGGAAUUAACAGAGGUUUUCCUACUGAUAUACAGUUGGUGGAUUGGUUUGCAGUUAGGGAAUACAGCUAGACAUUGCCCUGUGUUCAAGACUGAUUUUUUUAACAUGAUGAUUUAACCCUGAGAUAAAAAACGGCCUGAUGUAAUAUGGUCAUGUUGUAUCUGCAUGAAGAGUUCUUUGUUGCCUAACAAUGCAUUUCACUGGCAGAAGCUACUAAAUGAACUAAAGUUCGUGAAAUCCUAAAAAAUAUCUCACCUACUUUACAGCUGCACAGAUCAGCCAAGUGUCUGAUUUGCAGAACUAUAUUCAUUCAGUAUUCUCAACCUGACUUGCAGAAAGUCAUACUGCAACACCUCUGUUUUCUCAACUCUUAGGUUCAUGCUACAACUAUCAGGCCAUGUUCCUGUACUUAAUUAAGAGUUAAAACAUCUUUGAUUUUCCUUGUUAUUUUUAUAUUUAUAUUCUUUCUUCUGAGGAAUGAACACAUUAUUUGGAGUAACAGAGAGGUCUAGUGGGUUUGAGGUUUUUCCUAAUUUGUCUGUAUUUGCCUUUGAAAACAUACAUGAUGUUAAGGUCAGUAAAGCAGAUGCAUCUUGUGUACAGAAAAUAAAAUCUGUUGUGAAGUA